CGAUAUGUCCUAACAACAGUCAUGUGGGGUUGCGCGAGGCUCUGGAGAUGAUUGCUCAAUGCCGGAGUGCCCCACACUCUUCAUCAAUAUGGCUGAGAGUACCAGAAGCACAUGCAUCACGAUUAUUCGCCCAUGGAAUCCAGGAACAUGGUUUUCUAUUUUGCGAGAACAUCUACGGCUUGCGAAGAUAUCGGGCCUCAGGUGUUUAAAAGGAGCUAGAGAGUUCCUGCUGCGACUACAACACGAUCAUUACAGUCAUCAUGGCCUAUCUCCUUGCUUUGGCUGCAAUGGCAACGUCUACCAUGGCCUUCGAUUGCACCCGCGAGUAUCUCCAAAACACAGCAGAUUCCUACGUCAACCUAAUGGCAACCGGCCAACACGACCGCUUCGAAAAUAUCGCCUACACCAUGAAAUACUUCGAAAACAACGCGACCGCCUCAAUCCUCAGCGGAGUACCAGCCUUUGGUCUAAACAUCGAUGCCCACCGCUCCAUCCUCGACACCACGCAAUGCAAAACAAUGACCGAACUCAUCGUCACCGACACCAAACAUCCAUACAUCAUACACACGCAGAUGACCCUAGACACCUCAGGCAACGUAAACCUUAUCGACAGCAUCGUGACAGAUGCAGGCGACUGGGCCUUCAACGCAACCGGCACCUCCUACUGGAACAGCCAAGAAACCUGGACGCCCAUCCCCGAAGCCUUACGCGACACCCGCAAAGUCGUCAAAGCAGCCGGCGAUGCCUACGCCGACCGCUGCAACGACGUCACAGUUCACGUCCCCUUCGGCACGCCCUGCGCCCGUCUCGAAGGCGGAGCUUAUACCGGUCGUAGAAACCUCUCGGCUAAUACGUGUGACAUCGGCGGGCUGCCGGAACAUGUCCCCAUGACGAAUCGCAAGUAUGUUGUUGAUGAGGUGAUGGGUGUUGUGGAUAUCUUCAUGGGGUUUACGGGGCUGGAUCGCACGAGGAAUACGGAGGGUGCACCGGAUAGUCAUAUGUUUCGGAUUGAGGGGGGCAAGAUUAGGUAUAUUCAUACGGCGAGUGCGUGUUUUGUCGAUGGAUGCGGGAUGAAUGGUACUGGUAUUCCACCGAGUAUUGGUCGUCGGACGUUGCGUCAACGAGCGGCCAAGCUUCAUUAGCUCACAUCUGGUGCUAUAGCCGCUAAUCGUUUCGGGAUUCCGUGUGUGAAUACAACGUGGGAGUAUCUUAAGAUGAGGUCGGCACGAGUACAAAGGAACUGACA